UUCAUUUUGAAGAAAGGAAGCCGCAGUCGAAGUACAAUCGUCUUCUUUGCUUUCAUCUUGCAGUUUGUUCAUUCUAUUACACCCAAUAGGAUAACCGCCAGACACCAGAAAGCCGGUGAAGUAUAUUCUUAUACAUAGACGUGUAGAUAGCUGUAGAUUGUAGAUAUAUAUAAAAACUAGGGUUUUGAUUAAUGGAAGUGACGGGGGAGAAGAGAGAGUUGGAGAAGAAGAACUUGAACAAUACUCCAUCUCCGACGACUGAUUCCUUGACGGCAGAUAGAGAAGCCAAAGAUCUCGAACGCGUUGCACUCGAUCUCAAAGCUGGUCUUCACCCUCUCAAGCACAAUUUUGUGUUUUGGUACACUCGGCGGACACCUGGGGUUCGAACUCAAACAUCGUACGAGGACAAUAUCAAGAAAAUUGUUGAUUUUAGUACUGUCGAACGAUUUUGGGUUUGCUAUUGCCACUUUGCUCGACCAUCAACAUUGCCAAGCCCAGCUGAUUUGCAUCUUUUCAAGGAUGGCAUUUGUCCAUUAUGGGAGGAUUCUGCUAACUGCAAUGGUGGAAAGUGGAUAAUUCGUUUUAAAAAGGCUGUCUCAGGCCGCUUCUGGGAAGACUUGGUUCUGUCCCUGGUGGGUGAUCAGCUUGAUUAUGGUGAUAACAUAUGUGGUGCAGUUUUAAGUGUUCGUUCCAAUGAAGAUAUAUUGAGUGUGUGGAACCGCAAUGCAUCAGAUCAUCAGGCUGUGAUGGCACUCAGAGAUUCAAUCAAAAGACAUUUGAAGCUUCCCAGUAGCUAUGUCAUGGAAUACAAGCCCCAUGAUGCUUCUCUUCGUGACAAUUCAUCAUACUGCAAUACUUGGCUGAGAGGAUAGACUUGCAACCGCCCUCUUUGCUAUUGAAGCUGCAGGAGCUCAGAUUGCAAAGUAUUAUUUUAUUUUGUUGGUCUUUGGUCAAGCGCAAAUCAUGACAGAAAAUUGCUGACUGUGGUGCAAAGCUAAUAACCAGGGAGAAACUUCAUUCAACUUGACUGUCUGAUGUUUUAGUGUGCUAGAUUUUCUAUAUGCUUUGUGCUAAGAGAUAUUAGCGAAAUUUUUGCCUUGCAAUAUGCAUUCGCUACCAGUUUUUGAAGAAGCGAUGUUAUCUCAAGUGCAUAUUACGACAGCUCUGUCAAGUUACAUGUCA